GGACAUUCUGCUCCCGUGAAUAGAUCGCAUAUUUAUUACGUAUUGCCAUUGUCUCCCCAGAGAGGUCGCCACUACAUUGGACUGACUGGUAGCCUGGGACUGAAAAUAACUCCACCUGUUCACGGCCGCGGAGCUAUCAGAUUGUGAGACAAUAUCCACAUAAUUCAAAAUCUUUCAUUGCUUUCUGAACCUCAAUAUUCUCCUCUAUUUUUCUUUUCCUUUUGUCUUUCAUUGUCUGCUCCAAUGGCGGCCCAAAGGCAGGCCUCGUCCGCUUCCCAAACCCCACAUAUCUCGCCUGCAGAGCUUUCUUAUCUCCACACAUCUCUUGCUCUUCCAGGUAGCCCAAUUCGACCGGAUGGACGCUCGGCGGCACAGUUUCGGCCCUUGACAGCAGAGACUGAUAUUCUUCCUGGAACUAACGGUAGCGCGCGUGUCGGUUUUGCGGACGGCACUCAAGCAAUCGUCGGAGUGAAGGCGGAAGUAGAAAAGACAGUGAUCUCGGCAGAUGCGCUCAAACUGCCGCAACAGACACAGGAAGAAUAUGCAGGGAAUAAUGACAACGUGGGAAACCAAGGGUCGGGUUCUGGACAUGGAUCAUGGGUGCAGAUGUCGAUCGAGAUCCCAGGGUUCCGGGAUGACGAUGCUUUGCCAGUUUUCUUGUCCGAGAUGAUGCGAGAGCCUUUGGUUGAGUCUGUAUCAAGUGAGGGCUCUGGGAAUGGCGAGAUGGCCGGUGGGCUCAAGGGAAGGCUGGUGAUCAACAAACGGUGGCACUGGCGAUUGUAUAUUGAUGUUCUUCUUCUCUCCCAACCCCAAUCAUACCCACUUCCACUACUAUCCUUAACGACUCAUCUGGCGCUACUGUCGACGAAGCUUCCGAAGUUGAAGUCACAAGGCGAGGAAGAUCCGUUUUUUGACGAUGAUUGGGAUGCUGCAGAAUAUCUAUAUCCACGCUCUACUUCGACAACAUCCCCUACUUCUUCCCAACAAGUUCGCCCCCCAGUAACAUUGCUCGUUGUCUCUGUAGGCGAAAACAUUAUUUUCGAUCCUGAUAGAGAGGAGAUUGCUGUUGCUGAUACGGUUUUGGCCGUUUCUAUCACUCGGGAUAGCGACUCUGAUAGCCUGAAGCUCGUUUCCAUCCGCACGAUCGAUCCUCCUUCCAGGUUAACACAACCUGGUGUGCCUAACUCGGAAAAUGUGACUACCUUAGGUUCCACGGCUGCUGCCGAAGAAGCAGCCAUUUUGAACCCAUCCACAGGCGAAGAAGAGGUUCCGGGUGUUUGGAGGCCCCGUCGUGGAGGUGUGAAGAGAAGCACGGUUGCUCGCGUCGUUAAACUCGUGCUCGAGAAGGGUGGUGUUGGUGAGGAGGUUCUCGAGGGUCUAGAGGGUGUUCAAGUUGGGUGAAUGGAUUGAUGCGACAUUUCAUUGUCCCGAAUAGGGAUGAUAUCGUGCCCUACGUGCGCCCUCUAUUUGUCUCCUACCAUGUAGCCGUUGCCGGCGGAGAUAGAAAUGCUCGGCCGAAGUAUGCGCAUCGCUACUGAUUCGCUACAAUGUAGGAGCAGAAGGUCUUCUGUGC